AUGUCAGAAAAUUUUUUGGUUAGAGAUGAAACAAGUCUAAGGGAUUUGCAGAUUAAUGCAAUUGUGAAAAUGUUAUUUUUAAAUAAUCUAAAUGUAAAUGCCUCUAACAAUGGACUGGGAUCAGGUUCUUCAAACACUGGUGGUAAUUUAUUAGAUACUAUUGAUUUAGAGAAUUCAUUUAAUGAUUCGGAAUUAUCUUGGAAAGUUUUAAUUUUAGAUGAUGUAACCAUGGGUAUUGUAUCGUCCAUUUUAAGGGUUAAUGACUUGUUGAAAUGUGGUGUUACUAUUCAUUAUUUAAUAGAUCAGAAAAGAACCCCAAUUAACGAUGUGCCUGCCAUUUACUUUGUGACACCAACAAAGGCUAAUUUAGAUAUGAUCACUAGAGAUAUUAAAAAUGAUUAUUACUCAGAUUACUAUGUCAAUUUUUCUACAAAUUUAGAAAGAUCUUUACUAGAAGAAUUUGCCAAGGAUGUCACAUUGGCUGGAAAAUCUGAUAAGAUUAAACAGGUUUACGAUCAAUAUUUAAAUUUUAUUGUUACUGAACCUGAACUAUUUUCUUUAGAAAUUAAUAAUACCUAUUCAAUUUUAAACAAUCCAAAAUCCACGGAAGAUGUCAUUAACACUCUAUGUGAAGAUAUCUCCAAUGGUUUAUUCAACACAAUCAUUACCUCUAAUACAAUUCCAAUUAUUAGAGCCCCAGUAGGUGGCCCAGCAGAAAUCAUUGCACAAAAAUUAAGUACAAAAUUACGUGACUAUGUUAUCAAUAUCAAAUUAUCAUCAAAUUCGUCAUCAUCUGGUUCUGAGGAUUAUCUAGACAGAUAUGUGCUUGUGCUCUUAGAUAGAAACAUCGAUUUCGCUUGUAUGUUUAGCCAUUCAUGGAUAUAUCAAUGUAUGAUUUUUGAUGUGUUCAAUUUAUCAAAGAAUAGAGUCUCUAUCCCAAUAAAUGAUACAAAACAAAAUGAAGAAACAGAAAAUAAUAAUAAAACUGUACAAAAAAUGAAGACCUUCGAUUUAGAUCCAAAUGACUUCUUUUGGAAACAAAACUCUCAUUUACCUUUCCCAGAAGCUGCUGAAAAUGUCGAGUUAGAAUUAUCAAAAUAUAAGCACGACGCUGAAGAAAUAACUAAAAAAACAGGUAUAACUGAUCUAAACAACUUAAAUUCAAACUCUGAUAGCGAUACUUUACAGAUACAGGAAGCUGUCAAGAGACUACCUGAAUUAACAGCCAGAAAAUCAGUUAUUGAUAAUCAUAUGAAUAUCUUCUCUGCAUUAUUAGCAGAAUUAGAAAACAAACAUUUGGAUUCAUUUUUUGAAAUUGAACAAGAUCCAGACAACAAAAAUUUGAAGUUGAAAUUUAUGGAAUUAUUAAAUGAUGGCAAGACAAAUAAUUUGAAUGAUAAAUUAAGAACUUUUGUUUAUCUAUUUUUAACCUCAACAAAUGGUCUACCUAAUGAAUUUAUUAAAGAUGUUGAAACUUAUUUUGAAAAGAAUAAUUUCAAGAUAGGUGCCUUCAAGUAUAUAUAUAAGUUAAGAGAAUUCAUGACAUUAUCACAAAUGUCAUUACAAAACAAAUCCUUGGAAAAUGGUAAACCUAAUAAUAAAGACUCACAAACAUCAACUACCCUUUCCGGUUUAUAUAAUUUGACUGAAGGUAAAUUACAAGGUGGUGUCGGUAGUUUAAUAACAGGAAUAAAAAAACUGCUACCUGAAAAAAAAACAAUCCCAAUUACCAACAUUGUCGAAGCUAUUAUGGAUCCAUUGAAUAGUUCUCAGAAGAACUUAGAAACCACCGAUAGUUACUUAUACCUUGAUCCAAGAGCAACAAGGGGUUCUCAAACCAAAAAACCAAAGAGACAAUCGUAUAAUAAGUCAAUCGUAUUUGUUGUUGGUGGUGGUAACUAUUUAGAAUAUCAAAACUUACAAGAAUGGGCGCAUUCUGAAUUGCAUAAUCCAAAGAAGGUUAUGUAUGGAAGUACAGCAAUUGUAUCUCCAAAUGAUUUCUUGAGUGAAAUAUCCACUCUAUCAGAAAACUGA